AUUUUCCUGGAUUUCGACUUCAUCAAUUUUAAUUCACUCUCGGGAUAUCGAUUUGAUUUGAUUCCUCUCGGACAUGAAUUCAGUUUCCGAGCAAAACCUGAUAUGAGUUUCAUCAGAGAUAUAAUUGAUUCGUUUAGCUCGGUUUUCACUGAAGAACACAAUCAUCGGGAAGAAUCUAAGCACGAUCCUAGCGUAUCAACUUCUUCUGGCUCCAUGAACGGCGUCGAUGGAGUUCCGGUUUCCAACGAACGGGUUGCGUAUAAGCUCAAAGGAUACUUCGAUUUGGCGAAAGAGGAAAUCGCUAAAGGCGUGAAAGCAGAAGAGUGGGGUUUACAUGAAGACGCGCUUCUUCAUUACAGGAAUGCUCAGAGGAUCAUGAGCGAAGCUAGCUCUACGCCUUCUCCUUCGUAUAUCAGUUCGAGCGAAAAGGAGAAGGUGAGAUCGUACCGAGAGAAGAUUUCCAAAUGGCAGAAUCAAGUAUCGGAGAGAUUGCAAGCUCUGAGUAAACGUACAGGUGUUGCAAUGUCGGAGAAUAAGAGAACUGUACCAUUUACUUCUCCAGCUUCGGUUUCAUCAUCUACAGCGUCGUCAAAUAGAAGAGUUUCAUCACAAAUGAGGAAUUCACUUCCCAGGGGUGGCAUUGGAAUGGCGAGGAGCCCUAAAGAUGCUACUACAAACGCAAAACCUGCGAAAGAAUCCGGAAAUGUCUACGAUGAUAAGCUAGUAGAGAUGAUAAACACAACAAUAGUGGAUAGAAGUCCAUCUGUGAGGUGGGAUGAUGUCGCUGGACUUGAUGGAGCUAAACAAGCUUUAUUGGAGAUGGUUAUAUUACCGGCAAAACGGAGAGAUUUGUUCACUGGUCUCCGAAGACCCGCGAGAGGUCUGCUUCUCUUUGGUCCACCUGGCAAUGGAAAAACAAUGCUUGCCAAGGCAGUCGCUUCUGAGUCACAGGCAACGUUCUUCAAUGUCUCUGCAUCUUCUUUGACAUCGAAAUGGGUGGGUGAGGCUGAGAAGCUAGUUAAAACGCUGUUUCAGGUUGCAAUAUCCAGACAACCGUCUGUGAUAUUUAUGGAUGAAAUAGAUAGUAUAAUGUCUACGAGGUCGACCAAUGAGAAUGAAGCAAGCAGAAGGUUGAAAUCAGAAUUCCUUAUCCAGUUUGAUGGUGUGACUUCAAAUCCUGAUGAUUUAGUGAUUGUCAUCGGAGCUACUAACAAGCCACAGGAGCUGGAUGAUGCAGUGCUUAGGAGAUUGGUAAAGAGAAUAUAUGUACCAUUGCCGGAUUCAAACGUCAGAAAACUACUUUUUCAGACGAAGUUGAAAUGCCAGCCUCAUUCUUUAUCCGGUGGCGACAUUGAUAAGAUUGUCAGAGAGACCGAAGGCAAGCUUUAUAGAUCUUUUGUAUUAAGAAACACUGAUUAUUCAUUACCACGCAGACACAGUCUAGUAACUAAUGAGCAUAAGCUUCCUUAUGUAACAGGAUACUCAGGAAGCGAUCUCCAAGCAUUGUGUGAAGAAGCUGCAAUGAUGCCAAUCAGAGAACUCGGUGCAGAUAUUCUUACCAUCCAAGCAAAUAAAGUGAGACCGCUGAGAUAUGAUGAUUUUCGGAAAUCGAUGGCUGUGAUCAGACCAAGCUUGAGUAAAAGCAAAUGGGAGGAGCUUGAACAGUUAAAAAAGAAAACAGAAAACAGUCAAAAUGUUUACUCUUCAAAGAGGAAGACGGACAUUAUAAUGGCUUAUAAUUGGUUUGAAAGCAAACUCACCGAUAAUUCGAUUUGGUUUAAGGAUAAUUCGCAAAAUUUGGAGAGAGCGUGGAGGGAGGGACUCUCUGAAUUCAGUUUUCAAAUUUGCUUCUCCGCUCUCUUUAUCUCUCUCUUCUCCAUCUAUCCGUUGAAGCACAGGCUCUUGCUCUCCCGCUGUCGUCGAGUCACGGUGAUCGGAAAAAUGUAUACGAAACCGAUAGAGUUUGACGCUCGCGAUCCUGAGAAGCCAUGGUCUCUGGCAGAUUUCGAGAUCGGGAAACCGCUUGGUAAAGGCAAAUUUGGCAGAGUCUAUCUCGCCCGAGAAGCCAAGAGCCAUUUCGUGGUGGCGUUGAAAGUGAUAUUCAAGGAGCAAAUUGAGAAGUAUAAGCUUCAUCACCAGCUUAGGAGAGAGAUGGAGAUCCAAACGAGUCUAAGGCACCCGAAUAUCCUGCGUCUCUACGGUUGGUUCGAUGACGAUGAGCGAAUUUUCCUGAUCCUCGAGUAUGCUCAUGGUGGUGAGCUCUAUGGCCUUCUCAAAAAGAAUACUCAUCUUACCGAACAACAAGCCGCCACAUACAUUUCAAGUCUCAGUCAGGCACUGGCUUAUUGCCAUGGAAAAUGUGUGAUUCACAGAGACAUCAAACCUGAAAACUUGUUGCUUGAUCAUGAGGGAAGAUUGAAAAUCGCCGACUUUGGGUGGUCAGUGCAGUCAAGUAACAAGAGGAAAACAAUGUGUGGAACCUUGGAUUACUUAGCACCUGAGAUGGUUGAAAACAAAGACCACGAUCAUGCAGUUGAUAACUGGACUUUGGGCAUACUGUGUUACGAGUUUCUCUAUGGUAACCCUCCAUUCGAAGCCGAGAAUCAAAGGGAUACAUUCAAGAGAAUUCUUAAGAUCGAUCUGAGUUUUCCUCCAACACCGAGUAUUUCAGAUGAAGCCAAAAAUCUUAUCAGUCAGCUCCUUGUUAAGGACCCGUCGAAACGACUAUCUAUUCAGAAGAUCAUGCAACAUCCUUGGAUUGUCAAGAACGCGGAUCCUAAAGGUGUGUGCCUCACU